GGUGGGGUCUAACGGCGCACUAGAGGCGAGCGGGGUGGCCCAGGUCGAUGGCGAGGGUCGACAGAGAUGAGGGCGACGGGCGGGGCGAUGUACCGCACGGGGCAGGCCGACUCGCCUGCUAGCCUCAACCUCGAGCACGCUCAGCGCAGGGCUGCCCCGUCCCACCAGCGCCGCCCUCAGAGGCGCGCAAAGCAGGCCUACAGCCAGUCGCACCACCGACUCAUGGCCAGUGCCCUCGACCUGCUCUCGGCCGCGGCCCUGCUCGAGACGGUCGCCCCCGACUCGGCCCCGCCUCCUCCUCCUGCUGCGCCGGCGCCAGCACCCGCGCCACCGCAGCAGCAGCAGCAGCAGCAGCAGCACCAGCUCGUCCACCCGUACAUCGAGCGAGGCGGGCUCAGCGACAUUGCGCGCGUCGCCCUGAGCCUCCCCGCUCAGCCGCCGCAGCCGGUCGCUCAGCAGGCGACCCGGGGUCGACAGCGCGUCCCGAGCAGCUCGUCCCUCGGCCGCGGCCUCUUCUCGCCAGCCGUACAACCGCCGCGAGACCAUGCCGUCCUCCUCCCGCCGCUCCCACCACCUGGCGGGUCGCCCACCACCGCCCCCUCGCCAACCUCGUCCUCGUCGGCGGCAACCCCCUCGCACGGUCACGGCACGCGCUCGAGGGGCGCUCGUCAGCGUCAGCCGCACCCGCUCACCGACCCGAGCCUCCACUUCUUCACCACGUCGUCCGGCUCGGCCGCGUUCGGCCCGCCGCCCCUCACGCCCGCCGCCGCGACCACCUCGUCGACUGCCGCCGCCCCUUCCCUCGCCGCCCUUCCCUCGCUCCCUUCGCUCCCUCCUCUUCCCUCGUCCAUCGUCUCGCCCCAGCCGACGCACGCCGCACCCUCGCCGCCGCCGCCGCUGCCUCGACAAGCACCGCAGCAGGCGCCCGCAUGGGCCGUCCCCGCCGAGUCGGGCCUGAUCCGCUGCGUGUGCCCCUACACGAUCGACGACGGCUUCACGAUCCAGUGCGACCUGUGCAACGUGUGGCAGCACGCGGCGUGCGUCGGCAUCCCCUCGCCCGCCGACGUCCCCGACGAGUACCGCUGCGAAAAGUGCGACCCGGCCGAGGCCCGCCGCCGCGGCGUCGACGGCCGCCUCGCCGAGGUCGGCAUGCGCGUCCGCAUGCGCGAGAUGGAGCGCAUCAAGGGCCAGGUCGCGCGCGCCGAGGCCAUGUACGAGGAGCAGCAGAAGCAGCUCGUCGCCGCGCGCGCAAGGGCCGACGAGCACGCGCACGCGACGGCGCAGGCGCAGGCGCAGGCCCACGAGGCCGGGCAGCAGGCCAUGGCCGCCGAGCGCGCGCGCAUCGUCGCCGCCGCUGCGGCCGAGCACCAGCUCGGGCAGGGCGGCGCGAGCGCGGGUUCGACGCCGAGGCAGCGCGCCGCGAGGGCCAAGGCGGCGCAGCCGAGGAGGAGCGGCGGUGGAGGACCGGCGGCGGCGCUCACGUACGGCGAGGACGCCGUCAUGCAGCCGCCGCCCGUCCCGCCGUCGCCGGCCGGCCAGAGCGCUCCACCCGCCCCAGCCGCGCUCGUCCUCCCUGCGCUCCCGACCUCCCUCCCUCCUGUCCCUCACCUCGUCGCGCCGACAUCUCAGCCUCUCGGCGUCGGGGCGCUCCCCGCCGCCUCGACGAGCGCCCUCCCUCCCCUUCCGGCCAUCCCGGCUGCCGCACCGCCCACCGCCACGACGCCCUCCCCUGCUCCUCCCGCACGACCAAGCACGACCACGGCCGUGCCCAUGCAGGUCGACGCGCCGAGCUCGUCCGGCCCGCCGCCGUCGGCCGCCUCGACCUCGACGGCGACGCUCGGACCCUCGCCUGCUCCUCCCGUCGCCUCGACCUCGACCGCACCUGCCCCAGCUCCCGCACCUGCAUCCUCCUCCGCACCUCGUCCGCCGCCAGCUACGGCCUCGACGACCUCGUCUGCGCCCGUCGUCGGCCGCAAGCGUCGCGUCGCCAAGCAGCCCAAGCGCGCCUCGGCGUCGGCGUCGGCGUCGGCCGACCCCUCGGCGGGCGAGGAACCCGCACCUCCCGCCAAGCGCCGUGCGUCGCUCGCCGCCUCGGCCGGCGGCGACGUCGGCGCCGUCGACUACCGCGAGAAGGACGAGGACGACCUGCCCGCGCAGCUCCCGCUGCGGCCGGCGGCGCGGGACCACGAGCACGAGCACGGGCACGCGUCGUCGUCGGCGCAGCACACGCCCAUGGCGGGCUCGGGCCGCCUGUCGCUCGCGCGCCGCGAGCGUCGGGACCGCGAGCGUGAGCGGGACCGCGAGCGCGACGACGCGAGCCCGUCCGAGGAGGAGCGCGAGCGCGAGCUGGCGCGGGAACGGGACCGCGAGCGCGAGCGGCGCGCGAGGCGGCCGACAAGGAGGGAGAGGGAGCGGGAGCGGGAGCUGGCGCGCGAGAGGGAACGCGACGAGGGCGGGCACGACGUGCUCGGCGCGGCAGGGGGCAGCGCAGCAGUCGGCGCAGGGUACCUCGCUGCGGGUGCGGGCGGCGACCGGUACGAGGACUGGCGGUUCGAGUACACCGAGAUCGAGGGCGUCGGGACGCUCCUGUGGCGGGACGAGGACGGCAGGGUCAGGAGGAGGCUCGGGCGGGUCCUCGACGACGACGAGGGCGACGACGAGGACCUCGACGACACGGACGACGACGAGCACGACAAGCCGCCACGCGCCGUGCCGUUGACCAAGCGCGCGGUCCAGGUCCUCGACGGCCUGCGCGAGCAGCGCGACUUGAUCUCGCUCCCCGCCCUUCCUCCCUCAGCGCCGCUCAUCGUCAAGCCGCUCCCCCUCUCGGCUACGUCCCUCUCCCUCCCGCCCAUCCAGAGCGCCUACCUCCCCUCGUCCCUCGCGUCCACCUCGUCGUCCUCGGGCCCCGGCGCGCACGGCUCGUCGUCGUCGCAGGCCUCGUCGGUCGCACUGUGCCCCUACCCUCGCGCGACCGCCCACGCCCUGUUCGCUGGCGCGCACAUCCCGUCGGGCGCCUUCAUCUCGCCGCUCAAGGGCGAGGUGCGCGACCUCGAGGCGCACGUCGCCGACCCGAUCGAGCAGUACGCCCUGCUCGGCGCGCUCAAGGGCGGCGUCCGCGGCCUGCCCAAGCCCUGGAGCCUCGUCCUCGACCAGCGUCGGUACGGCGACGAGGUGCGCUUCGCGAGGAGCGGCUGCCACCCGAACGCGGUCGUGCGCGUCGUGCGCCUCGACCCGUCGGCCGCCGCGCCCGCGCCGCCGCCCGGCAAACGAGCAGGCGGCGGUCGCUCGCGCAGCGCGACGCCCCUCGUCUCGUCCGCAGGCGGCGCAGCCGGCUCGAGCGCGCAGGCCGUCCCGCAGUGGGCCGCUCAGCUGCCCGACGACCCGGUCGCGCCGCGCUUCGCCCUCGCCCUGUACGCCCUGACCGACAUCGCCAAGCGCGCCGAGAUCAUCCUCCCCUGGUCCUGGGACGACGCCCACCUCGCCCACCUCCUUCCCUCGCUCCUCGCGCUCCCCUCGGCGCCGCCUCUCGCCCCGUCUCUCGACCACAACGAGCCGGCGCUCGCCCAGCUCAGCAAGUCGCUCGCGCAUGUCGCCGACGCCCUCCUCGGCGGCGCGACGAGCCCGGGCGGGUGCGCGUGCGACCGCCGCAAGGACUGCGCCCUGUGGUGGCUCGCGCGAGCCGGCACCGCGUCGUGCGCGAGCCUGACGGCCAAGCGCCCGUCCGACCGCGAGCGCGAGCCGCUCGGGCAGGUCAUGAUGAACUCGCUCGCGGCGGCGGUCGGAGCGAGUGCGGCGGCGGCGGGCGAGGAUGCGCGCGCGAGGAAGCAGAACGGCGCGGUCGCAGCGGCGAGGGCCGUCGACCUCGGGCCUCUCAUCGGGCUCAAGCGGCGCUGGCUUCCCGUCGAGCGGGCGCAGGCGGUCGACGAGCAGGACCUUGUCGACGAGCGUGCCGGCGACGAGUCGACGCCGGUCGAGCCGGUCGAGGACGACGAGAUGAGCGCCGCUCGUGUCGAGCAGACGUCCCGCACGCCCACGCCUGGCCCGAGCGAGGACCACAUCGGCGACGAGGGCGCCCGCAUGGACGUUGACGUGAACGAGGCCGAGGACAAGGUAGACGACGCGCUCGCCGAUCUCUCGCCCGCAUCCGCCCUCACGUCCCUUCCUUCCGACGACCUGCUCCUCUCGGCCCGCUCGACCCUCGCGGCUGAGCUCGCGCCGGAUCCGUCCGACUCGGACCUCACCGAGCCGCUGUCGAACCUGUCGGCCGUCGAGGACGAUGAUGACGACGACGACGACCUGUCCGAGGUCGACGAGUCGGUCCUGAGCCCGCCGUCGAUGCGCCAGCCCCUGCAGGCGUUCGCGGCUGCCGUCGAGCCCUCCUCGCCACCUCGCGCGACCUCGUCGCCGCCCGCUCCCGGCCCGACCAUGUCGACCGUCGCCGAGGUCAAGAAGCGCGUCGUCGCCCAGUCGGACAGCUCGCUCAGCGACGCCGACGACGAGGUCGCCGAGCGGGCGCGCGCGCCCAAGAAGAAGAAGAAGAGGGCGCCGGCCAAGGACAAGCCGUCGAGCCGCGACAAUGCGCUCAAGAAGCGCAAGACGGCUCGCGUGUACUCGUCGUCGUCGUCCGAGGGUGAGCGCGAGCGCGAGCGCGUGCCGGUCAAGGGCAAGGAGCCGACGCCCGCCUCGUCCACAGCGGCGAGCAAGGCCAAGGAGGAGUCGCCCGUCGCCGCUCUCGCCGGCCCACCUGCACCUGCUCCCGUACCCGAGCCCCCGACGACGUCGGCGCCGGCCACACCGGCGGCGCCCGACCGACCUCGCCUCAAAAUCGGCGUCAAGAUCGUCACCAAGACGGUCGCCAAGCCCGUCGAGCCGUCGCCCAAGGACCCGGAGCGCAAGAAGACGCUCAACGCGCACAAGCCGUCGACGACGUCUCGCGAGGACAAGGUCGGUCCGGCGACGCCGUCGGCAUCGACGUCGUCCAAGUCGUCCAAGAAGCGGCCGGCCUCGGGCACGCCGUCGUCCCUGUCGCAGCUCAAGAUCCGCAAGCUCAAGGACAAGAAGGCGCCUCGUAUCCGCGACCAGUCCGACUCGGACGACGGCGGCGCGCCGCUCAGUCCCGCCACUCGGGCCGACAAGCCGUCGCCGGCGCCGCAGGGCAGCGCAGAGCCGACGCCGCCGUCGAGUGCGGGUGCGUCGAGGCACGCGAGCGUGCAGCCAAACUCGGCGACCGAGGACGUGUCGAUGGUCGAUGCUCUGCCUGAUGCAGCACCUCCUACGCCCGUCAUCAAGGAGCCGACGCCGCCACCGCCCGAGCCGCCGAAGCCGCCUGCGCGCCUGUCGUUCGCGGCGUACCGGCAGCGGCAGAUGCAGGGCCUCGGAGCCGGCUCGUCGCCGUCACGCGCUCCGCCGCCACCGCCGCCACCUCCACCACCUCCUCCGCCGGCCUCGGCUUCCCAGUCGGCGUCGGUCGCGCCGGCCCCGCCGCUCGUGCCGUACUCGUCGUCGCCCGUCCCGACCUCGGCCGCGUCCCUUCCUGCGCUCGGCGUCACGCCCGCACAGCUCGAGGCGCUCGCGGGCGUCCUCGCCGCAUCGUCGUCGCCGCCCUCGUUGACGCCGGGCACGCCGCACAUGGCGCUCGCGCCGUCACCGCUCGCGGCGGCGCCCUCUUUGCCGUCCGAGACGCCGCCGCUCCCUCCUCGAGCGGCCCUGCGAGCCCCGCCUCCUCCUCCACCACCGCCGCCAGCUCCUGCGCCAGCUCCUGCGCCUGCGCCGUCGGCUCCGCCGGCCAUGCCCGCCAGUCAAGGUCUCGCGCCCGCCAACGAGGGCGACGACGACGAGUCCGAGGCGGGCACGCCGCCGCUCCCUCCCUCGCUCCAGCUCGCCGCCGCUCCUCCGCCCGUCGCCCCGGCGCCUCAAGCGGCUCAGACGCCCAAGAUGAGCGCGGCCGACAUCCUCAAGAGCAUCGGCGACUACUUUGGCAGCUCGUCCUCGUCGUCGUCGACGACCAAGGCCAAGACGGGCGGCAGGCCGGGUCCUCCUCCACCUCCUCUCCCGCCCUCGUCGGCAACGGCACCGCCUACCUCCACUUCGUCGGCAGCAGCAGGCGCAGCUUCGAGGACGCCGGCGCCUACCGCGCCCGCCGCCCUGCGCGCACCGACCGCCUCGCCGUCGGUCUCGGCCCCGGCGGGUCCUGCACUCGGCGCCGCCUCGCCCUCGUCCUUGACAUCGACGCCCCAGCAUCCGCCGACGCAGCCCCGCCAGCUGUCGAUCUCGCUCUCGGGCUCGGCGCUCGGGCUCGACGCCGGCUCUGCGUCGCCGUCGACGGGCGCGAGCGCGCUCCCGGGCUUCCGGCCCAUCAGCGGCGGCCCGUCGCAGCAGCAGCAGCAGCCGCCGCAUCGCCGCCCGAGCAGCGCGAGCGCGCACUCGCCGCCGCAAGGACCCGCCGCCCUCCCGUUCCCAGGUCCCGGGCCCGCCGUCGUGCGCCCGCAGCCGACGCACGUCGCGCUCCCCGCCGCGCGCACGUCGCACGCCGCCCAGGUGCCCUCUGCGCCCGGCUCGGUCGCACCCUCACCGUCGCCGACGGCGGCGACCUCGCCUUUCCCGUCCUCCGGCGUCGCGUCGGGCCCGGCCUCGGGCCGCCAGGCCCACUCGCGCUCGCCGACCUUGUUCGCGCACAACCUCGCACACGGGCACGGCCACGGCCACGGCCACGCGCCGCACGGUGGCUACGGUCGCGGCGGCGGCGGGCACGGGUUCGGGUUCGGCUCGUCGCCGUUUGCGCAUCAUGCGCACGCGAGGCCGAGCCCGCCCGUGCGGCCCGUCGAGCUUGACCCGAGCGUGCCGACGGGCCCAAAGGCGAUGCAGAGCGGGCUCGUGCCGCCGGCGAACGCGGGCGCGGGCCCGGCGGCGGGUCAGCCGGCUGUCGCUGCGGCAGCGGGUGCGGCGGGCGCUCCUGGUGGGGUCGGCGCAGGCGGUGCAGCCGGGAGCCCGGGUCGAGGAGGAUGGGCGGCGCUGAGGGGCGCGCCGGGUCGAGGAGGAGGCGCAGGAGGAAUGGGUUUGGGAAGGCCGCUUCCGCCGGGUGGUGCGGCGCACGGUCCGCCGAGCGGCGGUGGACUGGGAGGAGGGGUUGGUGCGGGCAGGGGACGUGGCGGAGGAGGAUGGGGCUGGCGAGGUCGCGGCGGGAGGGGAGGUCGAUGAUGAGCUGAAGGAGGGCUCGGGCGUGCUUGCUGUCGCUCUCAAGGUUGUACUGCCACGAGCUGUUGUGCCUCUC